AGCAAACAGGUCCAUCACACUGCCAAUCUUUACUCCUGGGACAAAGGCCGAUCUUGGAACAGUUAGUGAAAUGUAACAUUGCAUGUAACUAACAAGUCAGCACAUGCACCUGACAAUUAACUUGUAGCCUGUGGCAGUUUGCACAGAAUAAUGAAGCAUAUUUACAGGAGACAAAGGAUGGGAGGCCGGGAGAUGAAAUGAAGACAUAUAUCGUUUCUUAGAAAUGAUCGAACUCUGAAGUGUGCAUCUAUGUUAAUUCUCCUCAAAGUUCAGCAUUUAGUUCAUAUUCAUCAAAAGGAUAGCAAUGUACUGGAACAUCCAUCUCUUAAAGAUGUGACUUAGCAGCUAUUCUUUAUUUUGAGUGGUUGGAUGUCAAAAAAAUGACAGAGGCUCUAUGUUUUGAGUCCCAACAUCUAAAGAUAAAUGACUCUUCAGUUAUCUGCUGUCUCUCUCUGCUUUGGUUGCACUCGGUUAAGUCUGUCAGGCUACCUUUGCAGCUCUUCUCCCCAGAGGACGGAUGAGACACCUGUCACGAGACGCUGCUCACUUCUCUGUCUAUUGUAGAGGGAGGGAGAGAGAGAAAGCUUUCCCGACUGUUGAGCAUUGACGACGCAUAAAAAUGAGAGGCUUCUUGCUCGGAUUGUUUAGCUUUUUCUGCGUGUACGGCUCUCUUUGGGCUGAAUCCACUUGCAAGCUGAAGGCCAAGUUCAACUUGAGCGGCUACAAGAAUGUAGAGAAGAAAAAGGUCGUCAUUGGGGGAAUGUUUCCUGUUCACAUGAGUGUUGCUUCCAGCAACGGCAACACUUCGAACCUGCCUGUCUCCUCUGGUUGUGCUGGAUUUAAUUUCCGUACCUUCCGCUGGACACAGACGAUGCUGUUCGCCAUCAAUGAAAUCAACCAGAGGGAAGACCUGCUCCCCAACACCGACCUGGGUUACGUUAUCUAUGAUUCAUGCUUCACCAUCUCCAAGGCCGUGGAGGGAACCCUGACAUACUUGACGGGACAAGAUGAAGCAGUACCUAACUAUCGCUGUGGCAACGGGCCACCUCUUGCCUCUCUAGUGGGUGCUGGGGGUUCUGAUCUGUCCAUUGCUACAGCCAGGAUACUGGGACUUUAUCAUUUUCCACAGGUCAGCUACUGCUCAACAUGUUCUGCACUGAAUAAUAAGUUCCAGUUCCCCACCUUCCUAAGGACCAUCCCUAACGAUCUACACCAAUCUACAGCUAUGGCCCAACUGGUGCUGCACUUUGGCUGGACCUGGGUAGGGACCAUCGCUGCUGCUGAUGAUUAUGGUAAAUACGGCAUCAAGGACUUCAAGGAGCAGGUGGAGGAAGCUGGAGUCUGCAUUUCCUUCUCUGAAACUCUGCCUAAGGUGAGCUCACCAGAGGCCAUCCAGAGCAUUGUUCAAACUGUAGUUGAGUCCACUGCCAAGAUCAUCGUGGUCUUUUCAUCAGAUGUAGAUCUUAGUCCUCUCAUCGGCGAACUUCUCCGCCACAAUGUGACGAACCGCACCUGGAUUGCCAGCGAGGCCUGGGUCACCUCUGCCCUCAUCAAUCAGCCUGGGGUGAACUCACUCCUGUCUGGUACCCUUGGCUUUGGGGUGAAAAGGGCUGACAUCCCUGGUCUUCAGAGCCACCUACUGGAUCUGGAUCCCUAUUCAGAUGCCCUCACUGAGGAAUUCUGGGAGACUCUGUUUAACUGCACACUGGACUUUGGCAAAGCGCUGAGAAUCGCCAAAGAGGCGAACGGCACACUGUCCAGAGCAGUGAGGGGGUUACCAUAUGGUCUGUGUACUGGCAGUGAGUCUGUGGCUCAGCUCAACAACACCUACUCUGAUGUCUCUCAGCUACGAAUCACUUACAGUGUUUACAAAGCAGUGUAUGCUGUGGCCCAUGCCUUGCACAACCUGGAGCACUGUGAAGACGGAAAAGGCCCCUUUGUUGGAGGCAGCUGUGCCAACAUCACUAAUUUUGAGCCUUGGCAGCUGAUGUAUUAUGUGAAGAACGUGCGCUACAAAAUGCCAAACACUGGGGAGGAGAUCUACUUUGAAGACGGUGAUAUAAAGGCCUUCUAUGACAUCAUUAAUUGGCAAGUCAGUGAUAAUGGAGAGAUAUCUUAUGUCACCGUGGGACACUACAAUGGAUCUGCAGCUGCAGAGGAGAAGAUGCACAUAAGGAAUGAAUCUAUUGUUUGGAAUAAUGAAGAACUGGAGGUCAGACAUUUUAUUAGAACAGCAAUGUUUGUGUCAUGUGUUGGUAUGUAUAUUUAUCUCCUGUUUAUUUCUAAGCCUCCUCGGUCGGUGUGCAGUGAGAACUGUGAGCCCGGCACCAGGAAGGGGAUCCGGCAGGGGGAGCCGGUCUGUUGUUUUGACUGCAUCCCCUGUGCUGACGGAGAAAUCAGUAACACCACAAAUGCCCGUGAAUGCAUCCUGUGUACUGGAGAUGACUGGUCUAAUAAUGCUCAUGAUGCUUGUGUGCCUAAAAUCAUUGAGUUCCUGGCCUUUGGAGAACCACUGGGAAUCACCCUGAUAGUCAUCUCUGCCUUUGGUGCUUUAGUAACCAUAGCUGUUGGGGUGGUGCUUAUUAUGUACAUUGGAACGCCUCUGGUGAAAGCCAAUGAUGCCCUGUUGAGUUUCUUGCUGCUCUUGUCACUUGUUGUAACCUUCCUCUGCUCUAUCGUCUUCCUUGGUGAGCCACAAAACUGGAGCUGCAUGACUAGCCAAGUAGCAUUAGCUCUUGGCUUUGCUCUGUGCCUUUCCUGCAUAAUGGGUAAGGCAGCUGUGCUGAUGCUCAGAGCUCGGGCUCUAAAAAUGGCCAGAGCCAAAGCCAAGGCAGCUGCCAAAGCUGCCAAGGCUGCAGCCGAAGCAGCAGCUAACAGCGGCAGUCCAGAUGUGAUAGUAUCCAGCUCAAACAUCAAUGAUGCUGCUGCUUUGGAUAAGCCUGAAGUUGACAUUCUUACCUUCGGGCAUCAGAGGGCGAUAGCUGCCGUAGCAACAUUGAUACAGGCUGUAGCGUGCACUGUGUGGCUCAUCAUCCUCCCUCCUCACCCGGUUAAGAACACCUCUGCCCAGAAUGUAAAGAUUAUUCUCGAGUGUGAUGAAGGUUCUGUGGUCUUCAUCUGUUGCAUCUUUGCGUAUGACAUCCUGCUGGCUCUGCUGGCUUUCAUCUUUGCCUUCACAGCCCGCAAACUGGAAGACCACUUCAGUGAAGCCAAGUCUAUGACCUUUGGCAUGCUGGUCUUCUUCAUUGUCUGGAUCUCCUUUGUCCCGGCUUACCUCAGCACACGAGGAAAGUUCAUGGUUGCUGUCCAGAUUUUUGCCAUUCUCGCCUCCAGCUUUGGCCUGCUCACCUGCAUCUUCCUCCCCAAAUGCUACAUCCUUCUCGUCAAACCUGAGCGCAACAAAGAGGAGCUGAUGAAGCCCAGGCCCAAACCCAAAGAUGGCUCCUCCACUGGGACAUCAGCAUCUCUUGCUACAGCUGCUACUGAUGUCAAUGCCUCAUUUGCAUCCACUGCUAUUGAUGAUCACCCUGAAAACUAAGAUAAUCCAGAAAAAAAAAAAGAAAACUUCGCAUCAAAUUGGUCUUCCUAUUCUGUUUGUGUAGGUUUUUAAGCCAAAAAUCAAUGUAUAUUUAUCUAUUUUAAAAAGAAAAUUGCUGUGGUAUUUUCCUAUGCAAAGACAUGCUACAUGUUAAUUUUCUUUUUGUUAACAUGUAGCUUAUUUAAAAUUGAAGCUAUGUUUUCAUUGCCUUUCUAUUGUCAAAGUAUGUUUAUUUUAAUUGAAGUUAUGUUUACAUCCCAUUUAUCUUUAAAUUAUGUUUCAGUACAAAAUUUAAAACUAUAUGUUUUAGUUUAAUUUUAAGAUCUGAGAAAAUAUUUUCUCUAAAACGUUUGACUUUACAUUAAUUCAGUAAACUUUGCUAGGUUUAGCAUUGCUAUCAGCACAAGAUAGUUACUUACAAUGCAAUAAAUAGUAUUCAUAAUAAUUGUAAUAUGUGUAUUUCAUGUAAAGAGAUAAAUAUGUUUUCCCUCAAUCUUUAAAUCUGAAACCAAAACUUAGUAGAACUAUAUUAAAAUAAUUUUAGACACAGUAGGCUAUUUUGUUUUGAGCAGAUUAAUUAUUUUUAGCUUAAGACUGUUAUGUUCUCAAAAAAGAAGAAGCUGUCUAAUGUUUAUAAUGGGGGUAAAAAGCAGUUAGGGAACCAUUACUUGUCAAAACAAAAGUAUGUCUAAAAGUAGAGAUGUUCUAUGACUUUAGAGGCUUGCAGGAUUAGUAAUCUUAAGAUUCAUUUUAAGAAACGUCAACAAAUUUCUCUGCAAUAUCUUCCAUGAGGAGCCUCUUUGUGGAGCUGUUGUUAGCCUUGUAGCAAGACAGACAUGAGAAUUUCUGUGUUCAUCUUACAUCUAUUCUUCCUUUGCAAAUGUAUGAUCUCUCUGGGUUUUCUGGCUUUUUGUUAUCAUCCAAAAACAUGCAUGUUAAUUCACAAAGUGAUUGGUGGCAACCUAUGUCUCGACAAACACACUUUCCACAAUCUUCCAUUGAAAAGAUCUUUGACUCAUUCUUACUCCUACCUCUUCCCUGAGGUCAUUUUGCUAUGCCGGACUGUACCAUGGGCUGAAGGCCCAAACAACUCAACCCUCAGGGUCAGAAAGGCUGCUCAAAGCCCUCCAUUAUGUUAGAGAGGGGAUGGUUUACAGCUUUAUUACUCCCUUCAGGUUAGGGGUCACUCUUUUCCAUAAGCAGAGUAGUUUGAGUAUGCUGCUGUCCUGUUCACAAGUAAUAGUAGAACAGAGUAGAAGAUGGAUGUUAGUUUAUUUGACUUUUGAUGGUUGCAUUUACAGAUUUACCUGCGGAAAAUUGAUGGAACGGGAGCUUUUAAUUCAGAAAUCUUACCAUUUUGUCUGAAACUUGUGUUUGUUUUGUACCAGCAACAUACUUCUGUUACAUGACAGUUUACUGCUCUAAUGUAAUGGGUUUUAAACGUUUUCUUCUCUGAAAAACACACCAACAAUAAAUCUCAGGCUCUGUGAAGUGAAGGGAUUAUUUAAAUCCACAAGGGGGCGUCCUGAACUGUCUUACACUAAAGACUGAGCAGGAAAGGUAAUUAAACCCAACCAUAGUUAUUGUUUUAGUGUAUAAUGUAGAAAAUAUGUGACAUUAGUUACACACAGAAAAUGUACAUUUUAACACUAUUUGUGACUUAUGAUGAUAUAAAAAUAAAUAAGUUCUUUGCUUGCUUAUAUUCUGUGUUGUUCAAUGGACUGAGAGACUGCUAUGAUUUUUUCCCCUUCAUGUAUGGGAAGCACUGUGCUGCCAUGACGCUGUGACAUAAUUCAGGAUAACAG